AUGGCAAAAGUUGAAAUAGUCUCAUCAGAUCUUAUUCCCAUGGCCUCGAUCGAUCCAAUCCCAAUGUCCCGGCUCGACCUAACUCCAUGGGACUUGCAAACACUCUUACACGAACCAAUCCAACAACGGGUUCUAUUUCACAAGCCCGCAUUCCCUAUCAAUUUAAUUAUCGAAUACCUCAAAGCCUCACUCUCUCGCGUGCUCGACUACUUCCCCCCACUCGCCGGCCGCCUCUCCACUGAAAACACCAACAACAACAACAAAACUGCCGUUUAUUUCAUCGACUGCAAGUCUGCAACAACAAAGGCGCCGGUUUCAUCCAUGCAGUCGCCACCGACGUGUCGCUACAUAUUGGAGGCCGCGCACACGCCGGAAAUCGUCUUCUCCUUCUUCCCAUUAAACGGGACUCGCAACUUCCACGGGACCUCUGAGCCGCUAUUGGCCAUCCAGAUGACGGAGCUCGAGGACGGCCUCUUCAUCGGGUGCGCGACAAACCACGCCGUUGCAGACGGCUCGACCCUGUGGCACCUCGUCCGAUCAUGGGCCGAGAUUAUCCGCGGCCGCGAUAAAAUAUCGAAAAUGCCCUCCUUCGCGCGCGAUUUCUCCGGCUGGCAAAACCGCCCCAUCCCCGUCCGCAUCCCCACUCCGGAUAACAUCGUCCGUCCCAAGUUGCUCGAUAAGGUUUUCCACGUCAGCAAGGAGCGCGUGGCCGAGCUCAAGUCUCGGGCGAGCUCCGAGGCCGGCGGUAUCACGUCGUUUCAGGCGAUCGUGGUGCACGUGUGGCGGUGCGUGGCGCGCUGCCGCCGCCAGCUCGGCGUGGCCGAGGGGAAAGAGAAGUUGGGGACGGCGGUCGGGGCACGAGGGAGGGUGGAGUUGCCGGAAGGGUAUUUCGGGAAUGCUUUUUUGGGGUCCACGCUGUGCAUGGAAGAAGAGGAGCUGUUGGGAGGUGGGCCGGGCCAGGCUGCGGUUGGGCUAAAGGCGUUUGUGGAGCGGGAAGGGACGGCGGAGGCUGUGUUGGGUUUCAUGAGGGAUUGGGCGGAAAAUCCGAGGAAGUGGAAUGGGAAAGUGACGCUUUUCACGGCGGCCGAAGGGGAUGGGGUUGAUGUCGAGGUCUGCCUGACGCCGGAGGUUAUGGCGGCGUUGGAAGAAGACGUUGAGUUCAUGGAAGUAAUAUCUUCAACUCUCGUUCCCAUGGCGUCAGCCGAUACAGUGCCUAUGUCCCGUCUGGAUCUAACUCCAUGGGACCUGCAGAUGCUCCUCCUCGAACCCAUCCAAAAGGGAAUUCUUUUUCACAAACCUGAAAAACAAAUCGACGUCAUCCAUCGCCUGAAAACCUCACUCUCCCGCGCGCUCGACCACUUCCCCCCGCUUGCCGGCCGCCUCUCCACCGAAAACAGCAGCGAAAACAACAACACAGCCGUUUAUUUCGUCGACUGCAACAAUAAAGGCGCCAGCUUUACCCACGCCGUUGCCGCCGGCGUAUCGGUGGCGGACAUUUUGGAGGCGAAGUACACGCCGGAAAUCAUAUCCCGCGGCAACAGUGAAAUCUCGAAAUUGCCCUCAUUCGACCGCAUAUUCCCCAAUGUCCCCGUGCCCAUGUUCGACGGCAGCACGGUGGCGGAAAUCGUCCGACCGCCUCUACUUGAGCGGGUUUUCCACCUGAGCAAGGAGAAACUGGCCGGAAUCAAGGCCAGGGCUAAUUCAGAAGCCGCCGGCAGCCAAAUAUCGUCCUUCCAAGCGCUUGUGGCCCAUUUGUGGCGGUGCGUGGCCAGCUGCCGGAGAAUCCGCAGCCAGACCACGGCCGUCCAACGGUUAGCUCUGGCGAUUGGGGCCAGGGGCAGGAUUCCUCUGCCCAGGGGUAUUUUGGGAACGCGAUCUCUCGAUACCGAGCUUCUCGGGGACGGGCUGGGCCGGAUUGGGCUCAAGCUCAAUGCUCUUGUGGCCCAACAGGGGACAGCGGAGGCCGUAUUGGGCUUCAUAGAGGAAUGGGCUCGAAGCCCGGCGCUGAUCGUGAUGGGGAGCUCGAAUUUACUGGUCUUGAGCUCACCCAGGUUUGACGUGUACGGGAAUGAUUUUGGGUGGGGGAGGCCCGUGGGGGUGAGGAGCGGGAAGGCGGCCCAAAAGCGGGACGGGAAAGUGACGAUUUUUGGGGCGGCCGACGGUGGCGGCGUGGAGGUGGAAGUCUGCCUGCCGCCGGAGACGCUCUGGGCGCUGGAGAAGGACGGCGAGUUUAUGGAAACAGUCGAUGAA